GAAGUAGCUCUCUGCUGCCUACCUCUCGGUCAGCUGAUAAAAUACCGAGCCAGGAGAACGGCUUAUAGACUUAGAUGUCAGGGGGAAUGGAAAGAUACCGGUUUAGGACACACUAGACUGGGCCUUUCUCAGAAGUAUCCCUUCAUGUUAAAACAGGAUAGAAUUCCAAGAAAACAUCAGUUGGGGAAGAAAUUUAAAGUUUUAAUACCAACUAGAGACGAUUGGAACAAGUCUAAAUUACUAGCUGAUCCAAAAGUGAAUCUUUGGUUCACAGACGGAUCGGGUGCAAAUGGUCGGUAUGGGGUAGGAAUCUAUGGGCCGAAAAGAAACCAUAGAGAAAGCAUACCUCUGGGCGGGCUGGCCACGGUCUUUCAAGCCGAGGUGAUGGCCAUCCUGAGGUAUGCGGAAACCCUUGCUGUAAACGAUAGUGCAAACCAGCACUUUUACAUAUGCUCUGAUAGCAGAGCGGCCAUACAUGCCCUUGCAAAGACCACUACAGAAUCGGCUGUAGUUUGGGACUGCAUGCAGGCAUUAGCUAGACUGGGGGAAUCUAACAAGAUAACUCUAGUAUGGGUCCCAGGACAUCAGGGAUUUCUCGGGAACGAGAUAGCCGACGAGUUGGCCAAGCUGGGGAUCCAAAUGGACCCAGCUACGCAGAUCGUUGGAGUACCUUUUGUAACGGGAAUCAACAUCAUCAGAGGAUGGCUUGAGCGGGAGCACGUUGGCUCCUGGAGAGCGGAGGGGGGGUGCCGGACAGCUAAACAGCUAAUGGAGCAACCAUCGCCGGGGAGAGCCAACGAGCUCCUGGCCAUGAACAGACUAAGGCUGAAGGUGGGAUUGGGUCUUCUCACGGGACACAUCACACUGAGGAGCCAUCUAAACAAACUUGGGCUUACGGAACAAAGCGACUGCCGCCUAUGUGGUUGUGAUGGUCGUAAGCUGCUAAUUACUGGGUCGGACGAUAUGAGCAGCAUGUGUAUCAUGUCCUCGAGUGUCUGCUGCCGAGUGAACUUCCGCGAAAAGAAUUCUCUAUAUUGCUUUAAGUCUUUAUUCCGUGAUUCUUGUACUUCUUCGGACAUUAGUCCAAUCGGUAAAAUUGAUUUAUUAAUUAGAUCUGUAGGAUUAAGUUUUAUGUUUCAUUAAGUCAUCAUUAAGUUAUCAUUAAGUCUUGUAAAGUUCAUAUAGCGCGGGGAAACGGCGACACUGCGGCAGCAGUGGCGCUAGAAAAACUCGAGAGUUCGGGUAGGCUCGUGAGGGAGAGUUCCGAUUAACCACGGUACGAUUGGACACAACCAACCGAUGAAAAGAAUUAUCUAGUGAAUUACUAGGUCGAACCAAUCAUUACAAUCUGUGUCCAAUCGUAUCGUGGUCAAUCGGGUCCCACCCGGCUCGUGAGGAGGACGAAGCGCUAGUGUAGAAUAGGGAGAGCGAGCGCUAGUGGAGUGUAGGGAGAGCGAGCGCUAGAGUGGUAGAGAGCGGAGCGGAGGAAGGUGCGUACUCGCAGCAGAGCAAAAAUAAAACAUUUCCUUUCUUUUCAACGAAUCUAUUUCGGGAGGUGUUCUGGGGAACCUAACUCAUCCUACGAUUACAUCCUUACAGAUCUGCGCCAUGAAUUAAUAUUUUAUGCAAACUCUGUGGCAUGUAAUACCAAGGAUAUAAGCUGACGUAAUCUUUGCAGUAUUUAUACAAUAAGAUUUAAAUAGUAUGCAAUCUAUUUCGAAGCCACAGGAAAUAGUAAUUAAUAUGAAACUCAUUCGUCUUAUAAAUUUUUCACUCACUCCUGUGAUUUCAGAAGCCAAUUCAGGAUUUUUGAAAAAACGUCUGGCCGUAUUGCCGUCGUUGGUCGUUCCAAAACCGGGCUUAGAAAUAUCAACAAAAAAACCCAUAUGUCGACGAAAUUUUUCUUGUAUUUCCUUCUUCCUUGUUUCCACUUUUUUUUUAGAUUCUUCCCUGAUUUGCCAUUUACAUAUUUCUAAUCUAUAGGCGAUG